AUGCUUCUUCCAUGCCUCCAACAUUUUCAUAUUCGUACCGCCUCCAACCUUCUUAUUUUGCGCAAUUCAGAAUAUAAACCAUGUGCCUAUCUAUUUUCAUACAGAAUCAAAAACACUUGUCUCCUGAUUUUCCUCUUCAUUCUCCCCCUUUUCCUUCACUCCAUCUCUCGUAUCAUCUCUUACUCUCAUCGUUUCUUCUCUUCCUCUUCACUUUUUUUCUCUUCCUAUUCCUUUUCUUCUUUGUCCAUUUCUUCUAAUUCAUUAUCCCAUUUACUAUUAUUAUACCAACUAUAUAAUUUUAUAUUAUAUAUCUCAAGUAAAAUAAUAAAACUUAAGUUCAUAGACAAAAUAAUUCGUAUCUUAUUUCUGUCUAAUAAUAUAAAAGUCGUUCGAAAUAACUAA